CAAGGAUGAGUCUGUUUGGAUCAACAUCAGGGUUUGGUACCGGUGGUACCAGCAUGUUUGGCAGUACGACUGCAGAUAACCAUAAUCCAAUGAAGGAUAUUGAAGUAACAUCUCCACCUGAUGACAGCAUAUCUUGUUUAGCAUUUAGUCCGCCAACGUUGCCGGGUAAUUUCCUUAUUGCAGGAUCAUGGGCAAAUGAUGUUCGCUGCUGGGAAGUUCAGGAUAAUGGACAGACAAUUCCAAAGGCUCAGCAGAUGCACACAGGGCCCGUACUAGAUGGCUGCUGGAGUGAUGAUGGUAGUAAAGUAUUUACUGCUUCCUGUGAUAAAACUGCCAAAAUGUGGGAUCUCAACAGUAAUCAAGCUAUUCAGAUUGCACAACAUGAUGCUCCUGUGAAGACUAUCCAUUGGAUUAAAGCACCAAAUUAUAGCUGUGUGAUGACAGGAAGCUGGGAUAAAACUUUGAAGUUCUGGGAUACCCGUUCACCAACACCUAUGAUGACAUUGCAGCUCCCUGAAAGAUGUUACUGUGCAGAUGUGGUUCAUCCUAUGGCUGCUGUGGCCACUGCAGAAAGGGGUUUGAUCGUUUAUCAGUUAGAGAACCAACCUUCUGAAUUUAGAAGAAUAGAAUCUCCUCUUAAACACCAGCAUCGCUGUGUUGCUAUUUUUAAAGACAAAGUGAACAAGCCUACUGGAUUUGCCCUUGGAAGUAUUGAAGGAAGAGUAGCUAUUCAUUAUAUCAACCCCCCAAAUCCUGCAAAAGAUAAUUUCACUUUUAAAUGUCAUCGCUCCAAUGGAACAAACACAUCAGCACCUCAGGAUAUCUAUGCUGUAAAUGGGAUAGCAUUUCACCCUGUCCAUGGUACUCUUGCAACAGUAGGAUCUGAUGGUAGAUUCAGCUUUUGGGAUAAAGAUGCACGAACGAAGCUAAAAACAUCAGAACAACUUGACCAGCCAAUAUCUGCUUGUUGUUUCAACCAUAAUGGCAAUAUAUUUGCAUAUGCUUCCAGUUAUGAUUGGUCAAAGGGUCACGAAUUCUAUAAUCCACAAAAGAAAAACUACAUUUUUCUGCGAAAUGCAGCAGAAGAGUUAAAGCCUAGGAAUAAGAAGUAG